AUGUUCGCUCGAGAGGCUGAGUUCUCACCGAUUGGACCGCUCAGUCCAAUCUCGAAGGGAGUUGAUUACUAUGCGGAAGAGCAAACGUUUGCGGCGCCCGGCUCGAGGACCCAAACGGGCACGACUGGAGGACCCGGAAAUAAGAUAUAUGGGAAAGGAUUGAAGGACGUUGAUGAUGUCGAUUUCGAAGGAAUGUUAGGGAAAUUGAGUGCCGCUGAAUUGGAAGAUCUUAACAAUGACUUCGAUCCUGAUAACUCGAUGCUUCCUCCAUCGCAACGAUGUCAAGAACAAACGAGCAAGGCACCCACUGGGCCCUAUAAGAGAGAACGUUUGAUGCAAUUCCUUGAAGACACGGCGAAAAAUGAGAAAGAUUGGGACGAAGUUGUGCCAUUUCAAAAGGGAAUGGUCCGAGGAAGCCGAUUCGUUGAUGAGAAUGCAGCCCCGUCAGGCAAAGGUUCAGGAAUUGGGGGCAUGGAGAUGCCGAUUGCCCUCGAUUUGGCUGAUCCCGAUGAUGAUGAAAUGAGUGUCGAAGAUGAAGAAAUUGUAAUUGAACGAGCACUGAAGAAAGCACCCGAGAAUGAUCUCGUCGACUUGGCUGGAAUUCUAGGGAUGCACUCAGUACUCAAUCAGCCCCAAUUCUACAAUGCUUUGAAAGGAAAAGGACAGGAUGAGAACUCAGGCACAACAUUUAGUGGUGCCAUUCCUUCAUAUCAGCCAAAGGUCUACCCCGAUGAGCCCGAAAAUGUAACAGAUGUUGAUGAUUGUAUCAAUCGGUUGCACGAUAAUGACAGCUCGUUGAAGACAGUGAACAUAAAUAACAUGAAACGGGUAUCAAAGGAGAAAAUCCGGCAGUUGAUCGACGCGGCCUCAAAUUCUAAGCACAUCGAAAGUUUCAGCCUCUCCAAUACAGCCAUUGCAGACACAGAAGCUAGGUGUAUAGAGAAGUUGAUCGAGAAUUCUCCAUCGUUGAAGGUGGUCAAUAUCGAAUCAAAUUUCAUCACGCCCGAAAUGUUGGCACGACUGCUCCGAGCCACCCUCAAAACCCAAUCCAUUAUUGAGUUCCACGCUGAGAAUCAGAGACAAGGCGUUCUCGGUAAUCAAAUCGAAAUGGAUAUGAUGUUGACGGUGGAAGAGAAUGAAGCUCUUUUACGAGUCGGCAUUGCGUUUCAAUCAAUGGAAGCUCGACAUCGUGUAGCAGAAGCGCUUGAGAGAAAUUAUGAACGAAUACGCGUUCGCCGUCUACAAGGAGAAUCAAAUGCU